GAAAUUUCAAACGUUCAAGGUCGAAUGUGAACUUUCCGUCGUUAUUCAUUGUUUUUAGGUUACCUGUUUAUAAUGCCAGGAACAGUGAAAGUUAAGGUUUUGUCGGCUCGAAACCUGCCAGUUAUGGACAGAGCUACGUUUCUUACAGACGCCUUUGUUGAAGUAACAAAUAAGCUUUAUAAUACACGUUCUCUCGAAUUUCACAGCUGUGCAUCGGAAGCAUCACUUACAAAACAGAAGUAGUCCGCCGAUCCCUUAAUCCUUCAUGGAAUAGUGACUGGUUCUGCUUCAAGGUAGUGGAGUAUUAUCAGUUAAAUAUUCUCUCAGUUAGAUGAUCAGGCUCUUCAAGAGGAAGCCUUAUUGCUAAAGGUUAUGGACCAUGAUACUUACAGUGCACAUGACACAAUUGGUCGGGUUUACUUCGACCUUAAUCCUCUUUUAAGUCGUGGGCAGACAAGAUGUUUGAAUGGCUGGUUCCCUAUCUAUGAUACAAUGCAUGGCAUUCGUGGGGAAAUAUGUUUGGCUAUCCGGGUAGAUGUUUUCCUUGAUGCCAGUCGCUACCAUCAGUCUUCUCUUGAAGUGAGAUUUUUCCAUUGUUGUACUAUUCCACAAGGAUUUGUGAUUGAUUCAUUAAUUGGUUUUAUUCAAGAACUAGUGAUGAACUACGACCCCGAACAUCAGUGGAUAGAAAAAAUACGCACAUCACGGGCAUCUAACGAAGCUAGACAGCGUUUGUUCAGCCGUUUGAGUGGAGAAUUGCAACGAAAAAUGGGCCUCAAAGUCCUGAAUCUAGGUGGGAAUUCUUUAAUUGGAUAUCAACUCCAUUUUGACUUAGAAGGUGAAACAGGCGUAGUUGUUCGUGGAAUAGGAACAGCUGUUCGUUUAAAGAAGUAUAAUCCAGUUACAACACCGCCCAACAGUCCAACAGGAACACCGAAAAAUACUUCACUUCAUCGGGAAUCACCUACUGUACACAAAGAAUGUAUUCCAGAAAGUGCACAUAGUUUUCCUCUGCAUGCUCCUCAAUCUCUGGACCUGGGAGAGUUUCCUUUUCUGACAAUAUCUCAACCUCUACCUGGCAUGAUAUCACAUUUUGGCAGUGUGGUUGCCUCCAAAUCUGUAAGACUCCUUGACAAAAAUUCUCCAGCUGGAAUUCAAUUUCGAGAUGCUUGGUGGCUUGAGCUGCGCUCAGAAAUAGUUACUCAUAUGCGUAGUAUUGGAUGUGAUGCUGUUUUGGCAUACCGGGAAGAAUGUGCAAUAUACGAAGACGUUUGUGUUCUUUCAAGUUAUGGUACAGGUGUACAACUGAAUCCUAAGUGGAGCCCGACUUCUUUAGAUCCAACUAGAGUUACAGGAUCACUUGGUCUUACUUCUGUCACCUUGCAAACAGCCAGUGAAAAGAUCCUUGGAUCUGUGACAACUCCGAAAAAUUUUUUUUACGAUAAUGACGCAAUUUCUGUAGACAAUCCUUGUGUAUAUAAUUGCUCCUCUGGAAUGACUACUUCGAACCCAUCUGUCCAUGUGCCAUUGUCAGAAAUAACUCCCGUACCUUCACCUUCCUCUUAUACUAAUAAAGAACCUAAUCGACAAAGCUCCCCUCAAAGCUUUGUUGCCAACCAACAGAAAACUCGUAAUCACUACCAACGGACUAAACCUGAUUGUCACAUCUGUCACCUACCAUCCACAUUUGAGACCAAUUCUACUCGAACGGCCUUUCCGAUAACAUCGUCACGAUGUGCUGUAUGCAAGGCUGCAAAUGUUCCUGAUUUAUUAUUCUCUUCAUCUGACUUCCCACCUGAAUUAUCAGUGAUUGGUAACCCAGCUUUAAUACAAGCAAGAGUUUGCCGACUGAAGAAAGACACUAAGGGUGAAGUUGCAGCAAGUGAAUUGAGUGAGAUUCUUCCUUUUAUUGACUAUGAACUUCACUAUCGUCUUAUGCAGAAGUUAAGGUUGCGCAGUAUGAAUGGUUUGUUUGGAUUAAGAUAUCGUUUAGCCAUUGGAGAAUACAUGAUUGCUGCUAUUGCUACUGGUACUGGAGUAUAUGUUGGUGCAUUACCACCACCUCCGCCUCCCAGGAUCAUUCCAUCUUUACAUUCUUCCAUGGUAGCUGAAGAUCGUUGUGCUUAUGAACGAUUGAAGAACCAAGUGGACGAUUAUCUUCGCAAAAACCGUCAGUUGUAUCGAAUUUCUGAUAUGAUCGAUUGUCAAGAUAAUCUAACGAAAUUCAGUGAACUUGAAUUUAGUGACUUCAUUCCCACGAAUUACUAUAAUACCACUGGAGAUAUUUCAACUGGUGUAAAAAGUGUUGAAAGUCAAUUAAAGAACUUACAUAUAAAUACACUAGAUAAUUCUGGAGAUUUUGAUCAAUUUAAACAAUCAACCCAUGUCAGCGAUUUUAUGAAAUCCUCUACGGACACAGUAUUCCUAGAAACUAGAGAACCUGAACCUGAAGAGUUAGCAGUUUUGUUGCAAGAUCCUAUUCAACCUUCAGGUUUAAUAUUAACAACCACAGAAUCCAUUCCAAUAUCAGAUAACCUGACAACAGCUGAUGGUGUUGUAAUCAACAAUUCAAAAAUUUUUAUUCAUCCGUCUAUGUUGAUCGUGGUGGACUCGAAAGGUGAUACAAGCAGCAGUCAGUUAAACAGUUUUAUACGCUUACAUGAAGCUGAAUUAUCUGUACCAGAUUCAUUUUUUGAAAUGUCCGCUUAUUCAGUUGCUGCCGCUGCUGCAGUUUCUUCUUCUCCAAACAAUGGAAGUCAUAUGUCAACAAAGUCAACAACAAAUAACUUUAGCACUCUAACAGUCACAUCGAUACCAGUGACAGGUUUUAGCACUUCAGGUUCAUUAGCAAAAUCACAAAAUCAUGGAUUGAUAAAUUCGAAUUCCGGACCCAUUUUAAAUUGUGCCUAUCCUACACAUCGUAAUAGUAUUGCCACUGCUACUGGUAUUACUAGCGGACAACUAUCUUCUUCUCCAAGUUCCAGUAGUUUGAUUACUCAUAGUAGUAGUCUUAAGAGUAAGCAACAACAAGACUUGUACACACAUCAUUCUACAGGUGGAAAUAGCUUAGGCAAAGUUUUAAGGGAAUUUAAUCAGCUGACCUGGUUCAGAUUUCGUCAUCAUAUGCCGUGCAUUCUAAGUGCUUUGGACUAUCGUCUAUCUUUCACUGAUGAUGAACACUUGCAGAUUAUAGCUACUGGCAUGAUACUCCAUCCAAAUAAACUACCAAGUGUGAACUGUGAAAAAUCAUCCAUGUCUAUGUCAAAUAGUCCUUCUUCAAAUAAUAGUAACAACCAUCUGAAACAGCACCCUGAUACUUUAAGCAAAAAAGGUGGAUUAAUUAAAACCCACCCAAGAUUCUAUUUGCAUAAAGCUAAAGACUGCAAAAUACUUCCUGAGCCAUCUACGCACAGAACUGAUUUAAAAGCACCUAUCUCAGAUGACAUAACUAAUGAUGAGAAAGCAGUUCAACAAGAAAAUCAUCAAAGGACAGAUAAACACAUACCCGGUUGUAUACUCACACCGCUAUCAUCGUUACCUAAUAUGUGUGUUGAGACAUAUCAUGGUAAUUUGGAUUUCUUUUUUAUUCGGGAAACUACUGAUCUACGAGAAGUUGGUGGUAUAUCCGGAUUUUUGCAUACCAGUUUAUGUGAAGUGCAAGCUGUGGUUGGAGCACAUACCGCUAGUUUGGGUGGUAAUGCAUUAUUAUCCUACCACUUAAGUGAAAUAGUUGUUCUUCGACCAACAUCAAGGAAUCAAGCCCAGUGUCUUUUAAAUGUCUGCGGAGAUAUGGCUAAAGUGAGUUGGGAAACAACAGCAAUGACGUUGACGAGAUGUAAACACAAUUAGCUUGUUCAGGUUUAUCAGAAAAAAAUCAAACAUUCCAGUUACAAAUUAGGAUUGGGUGGUUUUUCAGGUACUUUUACUUACUUCAUGUAAUAAAUAUUCGUAAUCAGAAAGUUUUUGUUGCUCAUCUCAUUUUCACCGAGUUCUUAGUAAAGCUCUGUUGUAUUCACAACGUAUUUUUCUACGAGUUGUAGCAAGUUACAUUUACUUUGAUAACCUUCAUAUGUAUAUUGUUGUUAAUCAUGCCAUUGUACAAAACUACGUUGGACUAUAUAGAUAGCAAAAUGUCUUAAACUGUAAAAUAAUCCGGAAAGUAGAAAUUGUUUUUGUUAUUUUUCUUGAUGGCUGAAAGUCAUAUUCAAGAAUCACAAUUCGUCUUGUGUGAAACAGAUGAGUUGAAUAUACCUGCAUUCUAUUCUUUUUUGAUGCUUUGACUGAGGUUAGUAUGCAGUACCCCUGGGUAACAUUGCUAGUGUUGUUUCCCAGGCUACCACCCAUUUACGGUAGUUGCCAUGAUUAUUAUUUCACUGAAGCCCUAUUUUCCCAAUCGCUGAAUAAUUUAGUCAUGGGAAUUAACACUAAAAAAGAUCAUUUUUCAGCAGAGAACACUUCUUUUGAAUGGUAAUAGUUUAUAGAUAAUUCUUUGUGUUUAUCAAUGAAAUUCCAGUUCUAUUUAUCUUUCUAGUGUUGUGUCUCCUACUAUUCCUAAAAUAUAAUUUUAUAAUUUCAGUAAUAACAUGUACUCAUUAUACCUUUGUGUUGUCGGAUCACUGGGCAGAUAAAUGUUUUCUUCACUUACAUUUCAGUAAAUGUGGUUUAAAACAGUGAUCGAAAAUCCUGAAAGAAGUUUUACCCCG